AUGAAUAUUUACAAUUUCAACAACAAUAAUCACUUACCAUCUUCUGUAAACAGCACAAGUUUAAACAUUGGAUCUGGAGGCUUUCCUGCUUCGUCAAGAAACGAUAGUUAUUCAUAUUUAAAUACGUCGGGAUUGUACUCGUCGGAAUUUUCUCCCUCUGUAACAGCAACCAAUGUGAUUAAUCAGCGAAUAGUUGAGGGAGGAAGGCCUUCUUCAUUUGUAAAUAACUAUUUGUUCGGAAACGACAAUGACAAUUCCGAACAAGAGGACGAAGACGAUAUUCUGUUGCCUUUCAGAAAUGCUGUUGUUUAUAGCCGCUCAGAAGAUCAUCAACGACACUCAAAGCACAUUUUUGAAUUUCUUAUCACAUUGCUUUGUUUGAUACCAACAACGAUAUUCAUGACAACAUGUACUAGUAUUUAUUUUCAAAUUAAUUCCAUUAGUGGGGGCAACUCUGUAAAAUUAGAAAAGAAUCUCGACAAUUUUCUGCAUCCUCAUUUGCUCUCUGUUAAUGCUCUUAUAACCACAAUUGAGUUUAUCAAAUUUUUGGUGGUAUUUAUUGUUUCGGCAGCGUUUGCCUUUGGUGUUAAAGUCUAUACUUUAGAUAGCCAAUUAACAGGAGGAAUUAAGAAAAACCACAAAUUCUUUCAAUGUUUUCAAGAAAAUUUAACAGGAAAUCCCAUCUGCUGUCUUGUAGGACUGACUUGUUGCGUUUUAACUGGCUAUAUUAUAUCCAAUAUUUUACUAUCCUAUUUAAAUAUUUCAAUUUUCAUUUCAAGCAUUACACCUGAGUUUUCACAUGCCACCAAUCUGAAAAUUUCAUUCCUUAUUAAUUUUGUAGAUUGGAUUUUGUUCAUCAUGUACUUUUUGUUAUUUUACAAACUUCAGCAACGACAACAAAAACUCACUCUAGAAUUACACGAAGGGACUGACGAUGAAUAUUAUGAAAGUGACCAUGAUAAUAACGGUUUUACACCUCGCUCAGAUACCACGGUUUGA